GACACGUUUAACUCCUGCAACAUGAUCUGGCCUGAGCCGAAGGACGUGUGGUCGACAGCCUUCAUCAUUUAUACGGCCACAGUCGGUUUCUUUGGACCCCUGCUCAUCAUCUGCCUCUGUUACCUCCUCAUCGUUGUUAAGGUGAAGUCCUCUGGGGCUCGGGUGGGCUUCACUAAACGCCGGCGCUCAGAGCGUAAGGUGACUCGGAUGGUGGUGGUGAUUGUGGUGGUGUUUGUGCUCUGCUGGCUGCCGUUCUUCAUCAUCAACAUGGUCAACCUGGUGGUCAUCAUCCCAGAGUCCAGUGCCACUGCUGGGAUCUACUUCUUCGCUGUCAUCCUGUCUUACGCCAACUCCUGUGCAAACCCGCUGCUCUACGGCUUUCUGUCGGACAACUUCAAGCAGAGCUUCAAAAAG